AUAUGUCAGCCUCCAUUGAUUUUGGUUACCGAAAUCUUUUUAGAAAACAUUCAUUAAAUGUUAACAUCAAAAUAUUAGUUAUAGAAAAAGUUUUCUUUUAUGUUAUUUCACAAAUCUAGAACGUGACAUUGGCAUUAAAAUUAUUUGCCAAUUUAACUCUCUCCAGAAAAUAAGAAGAACUGUCGUGAUCCAGAUGACUGACCCUAAUAAUUAAAACGUGAGCAGCUCCCUUUAAAAUGAAGCUGCUGGAGUAUGAACAGCAGAUCUUCCUGGACGCCUUCCACGAUGAUGGUCUGCUCAUUACUGCCAGGGGUCUUGGACUGGAGAGGAUACUGGUGAACUUCUUCAAGGUGUACUGUGAUCCAUCUACCUUGGUCCUCGUUUUAAAUACUACACCGUUGGAUGAAGACUUCUACAUUGAGCAACUUGAGAGAGAAAAUGUCUCCCCACUUCCAAAGACUGUCACCAAUGAGUACAAUGCUACAGAGAGACAGAAGCUUUAUCUGCAAGGGGGAGUUCUGUUCAUCACAUCAAGAAUUCUUACUGUCGAUCUCCUCACAGACAGGGUCCCUGUGGAAAAUGUGACGGGCAUUAUCGUCUGUCGGGCUCACAGGAUAUUUGAAUCCUGUCAGGAGGCAUUUAUUCUGCGGCUUUACAGACAGAAAAACAAGACGGGGUUCAUCAAGGCCUUUUCCCACAAUGCUUCAGCAUUUAUGACAGGCUACUGCCACGUUGAACGCAUCAUGAAGAAUCUGUUUGUGCGUAAACUGUUCUUAUGGCCGAGGUUUCAGGCCAACGUCCAGGAAACUCUGGAGAAACAUAAGGUAGAUGUUGUUGAAAUUCAUGUACAGCUGACUGACAACAUGGUCGCUUGUCAAGCCGCACUCCUGGAUCUCAUCAAUGCCUGCAUCAAGGAGCUCAAACGAUGCACCACAGCGAUUGAUGCAGAAGAAAUCACUGUAGAAAAUGCGAUAGCAAAGUCGUUUGAUCAAACCAUUCGUCUGCAACUAGACCCUAUAUGGCACCAACUAGGCCCGAAAACCAAGCAGCUUGUCAAUGAUCUCAAAACACUCAGGCUUAUUCUCAGGCAUUUAACCCAGUAUGACUGUGUGACUUUCUUCAACAUGGUUAACUCUGUUAGAACGAGCGAGAAACAGUUUGGACAGAAUACCGGCUGGUUGUUCCUAGAGUCUGCUGAUAGUCUGUUUGUGCAUGCAAGAGACCGGGUAUACGGCAAUAGAGACAAGGAAAAGAAACAGAAUUCAGACAAAGGCAAAAAUGCUCUAGAGGCUGCAAAACUUGAUGUUUGUCCUAAGUGGGAGGCCCUGGCAGAGGUGAUGGCAGAAAUCACAGACCACAAUAGCAAGGCUGACCCCAAGUUGGGCCCCGGCAGGGUACUCAUCGCUGCCGAGGAUGACAGGACAUGUGCUCAACUCAAGGAAGUACUAUGUGAAGGAGCGGAUAGUCUGCUGGCUAGGCUGUAUACCAAGUCACUGGCCACGAAGGGGGAAUAUAUUGAGGAACAAAAGAGAAUAGCCCAGUGGAAAGCCAAGCCUGUGAAGGAUCCAGAUGCCCUCAGCCUCACUCAGAUGAUUGCAUCCAAUAUGGAGACAGGGACAGGUGACUCAGAGCCUGAAGAAAAGCCCCCCUGUACAUCAUCAGAUGCGUACUACGGUAUCUUGCCGGACCCCGUUACAGUGAUUCAUCCACUGCACGGGUGCUCAGAUCCAUUUAGUCUCGUGCGCACGCUGAUUGAGGUCCAGCCCAGAUACGUCGUUCUCUAUGACCCAGAUAUGGAGUUUGUGAGGCAGCUAGAGGUAUACAAGGCCAGCCACCCCGAGUCUCCACUACGUGUAUAUUUCCUCAUGUACACUGGGUCUGUGGAGGAACAACGCUACCUCACCACACUACGCAAGGAGAAGGAGGCAUUUGAGACUAUCAUCAGGGAAAAAGCCACGAUGGUUAUUCCGGAGGAGCGAGAAGGCAAAAUGGAGACUGAUAUAAACUUGGAAAGGGACGCAACUCCUGCUAAUGCAACAGUCAACACUAGACAAGGCGGGAAUCCCACAUCAUCUGGCAAGGGGAAGGUGAUUGUCGACAUGCGUGAGUUCAGAAGCGAGUUGCCGUCUCUCAUCCACAGAAGAGGGAUAGAUAUUGAACCAGUCACACUCGAGGUCGGCGAUUACAUCCUGACCCCGGAGAUCUGUGUGGAGCGUAAGAGCGUGUCUGAUCUGAUUGGCUCCCUGAACAACGGGCGACUGUACAGUCAGUGUGUCUCCAUGACUCGCUACUACAAGCGACCCGUUCUGCUCAUAGAGUUUGAUCCCAACAAGGCUUUCUCAAUACAGGGAAAGUAUCCGAUGUCAAAUGAUGUGUCGAUGCAGGAGACAACAACUCGACUCACUCUGCUCACAAUCCAUUUCCCCAAACUUCGCAUCCUAUGGUGCCAGAGUCCAUAUGCUACUGCUGAAUUGUUUGAGGAACUUAAAGCAGGCAGAGAGCAACCGGAAGCCAGUACUGCCAUGACAGUCACCGCGCUAGCGGAGGGAAUAGACUGGUCAGAUAGAUUUAGCCAUGGUCCACAGGAUAUGUUGAUAAGAAUGCCAGGAGUGAAUUCCAAGAACUACAAGAGCAUCAUGAACAGUAUGACUGACAUUGCAGAGUUGUCUACCUUGACAGAAGAAGAACUCACAAGAAUUAUGGGUAAUGCCCAGAAUGCAAAGCAACUUUGGAACUUCCUGCACAAAGAUUUUUCUGGAAUUCAAAGUUCUGAUAAAGGAAAAGUGGAAACAAAAGCAGGGAAGAAGUGGAAUAAGAGAAAAAGAUGAAACAUGCUUACCAAUAAUAAAUUUGUUGUCUUGACUUUAUAACAAUAGGCUGAUGUCUGUUGCCAAUUAUAUGGGAAAUAUUCACCAAUACAGUGUGAUACUGUGUAUGGUUACUAGUGAUAAAAAGAUGAGUUUAAAGAGAUUAAAUUACAAUCGGGCAGUUUCUGUUUAAUAUGGAAUUGUCAUCCGUUCAAUUAUUUAAAGCAAAUUUCUGGUAUGCAUUCCCUGUUUCUACAAGCAGACAAUUGUCUAAAAAGUGCAGAGGUGGCAUAUUGACGGCUUGGUCAAGUCUGUCCUUUGUCAUAAGUAGCAUAGUCAACUGUACACGUCCAAAUGUAUGUAGUAUUUGAGGGUGAUAUUUUGCCUUUGGGAAAUAAGGGAAAAAAACAUUUCCAAUUUAUAGCUGUAAUUAAUGAAAGGAAAUUCUAGAUUCUUUGAAAUUGUUGAAGGAAACGUAACUUUAAACCAUAUUAAGGAAUACAAGGCAGUAUAGUGCUAUUGUUUAUUCAUAGAAAGACAACUAUUGUCACAAGGACCACACAAGUACAGCUACUUUAAGAAAAUUGCUAUGAGUAUUUAAAAUAAUCAUUUGCUAUUAACAGCAACACAAUUGCAUUUAUUGAUGAUCUGUCAUAUUGUACAUGAAUAUGCUAAUUUAUGAAAAAUGUUGAAAUUAAAAGCUACAUGAAAACAUUA